AUGUCGUACGAUCCGCCUCAAGAGACCUGGUCCGCCCCGACAUAUCAGCCCGGCGCAUGGGGUCAGGCCCCUAUCCAACAAUACAACCUCAAGCCAGACUCUGGAACCGACCCGCAAGAGAUACUGGCAGAUAAACUGGGCUAUAUGGAGCUCGGUGGUGACAAAGAGGGGCAGGGCGAAGAGGAAUCGGAGGCUGCUGGAGAUUCUCCAGAGCCUGUGGAUGUUCCAGGAUUGCCAAAGAUCAGUAAGAAGAACACUGUGGAUGAACUGAGAGACGCGCUACAGAAGAUGGGGCUGAGUCCCAAAGGGAAGAAGGAGACUUUACGGGCGCAGACAGCGGUUCAGGCUGCCGCCCUGGCUAUGGCCCCGCCUCCCGAAGACCCUUCCACACCCCUUUCCGAUAGCGACAAUCCUUGGGAGGUCGCAUUUCCCUCGGACAGCGUGCUCGCAGCUCAUUUCGCCGAAAAGGAGAGACGAAGGGCAGAGAGACAGCAGAUGAAAGAGUCGGGGCAAAAGUUCAGGUCGUUCUUGUGUUUCGAUGUAGAGGCGACCUGUCGGGGAGGCAAAGAGUUUGACUGGCCAAACGAGAUCAUUGAAUUCCCAGUAGUUCUGGUGAAAUGGGGAGAAGAGCCAGAUGAGGAAGGCAAGAGGGUGCUGGAGAAAGUGGACACCUUCAGGUCAUAUGUGCGCCCGACUUGGCAGCCUGUGUUGACCGACUUUUGCAAAGCUCUUACUGGUAUCACUCAGGAGAUCGUGGAUGCCUCUCCAACCUUCCCAGAAGUCCUGAAAGAGCUGGAGGUUUGGCUGGAUAAAUGGGAUCUGCGUGGAGAGAAGGGGCUGAAGGAUGCAAUCUGGGUGACAGAUGGGCCUUGGGACUUAAGAGACUUUGUACCCAAACAGCUUCAUAUCACUCCUCCAGACCCAUAUCCCAACUUCUUCCACGGUCCAUAUCUUAACAUCAAACAUGGUGUCCAGUCCGUCAUGUCAGAGAUCAAUCGUCGACGUGUAUACGCCGACGCUCACCCCGACAAUGCAGCGAACGAGCGAGCGACCAUGCCAAUCACUACUUCCAGGCGAGGAGGCAAAUGGAGGCCAGGAGCCGGGGCUGAAGGGUACGGAGCAGCUGUUGCUCGAGCGUUCCGUUCUGAUGGAGCGAUACCCGUCACUGCCCCAUCCACUCCCACCAGAUCUGGUGCUCCUGAUGCUCCUGGUUCGCCGUCCACGCCAACGGGACAGACUCCGCCCCGCCCCCGGACUGACUACUAUCUCAACAUUGCUGGCAUGUGUGAAGCUCUGGGACUGGGUGAAUUCGAAGGAAGGCAACACUCUGGUCUGGACGACGCAACGAAUAUUGCUAGAAUCCUGAUCAAGCUAUCCGAAAAGAACGUCAUCUUUGAAGCAAAUGGGCUGAUCCAACCCACCCAUUCCGGCAAAAGAUAUGCCUGGAUGGGAGAAUCCGGCAAAGUGAUCUGGGAGGACUGGAUGUCAUUUCAAAAACCUCAGGAAGACCCCGUGCAGAAGAAGGAGCUGGACAAGCAGCGUAACAUAGAAGAGGCAAAGAGGCAGAAAGAAGAAGCCGACGGAAAGAAGGCAGAAAAGGAAGAGAGGAAGAAGCUGGUGGAAGAAGAACAUGCUGCGAAUCGUGCCGCAAAAGCCGCCAAGGCCGCCGCAAAAGAUCAUACAGAAGAGAUUUGGGACGACGAAGAGGGGUAUGACGAAGAUCAAGAGUACCAGGAGCAGCCCCGAGACGAGGGACCUACAGACUCGUUGGUGUUUGUCCCAAGGGCAGUCUCGCGUGGGCAGCGGCGUGGAUCGGCUAAUCGAAUUCGCUCGCCAUAG